AUGUCUGGGAGCUCUUUGGCAGAAAGCAGAAAGGCAGAGCAGUUGUGGUGUGACAGUGAGGAUACCCCACUGCUGCAGUGCCUAAAUGAUAUGUGGUUCCCUUGCUACCUGGACCCAGGCAAGGUCAGCGCGGUGCGGUUCCAACCAGGGGUGCCGGAACAGCUGAAUGUGAAGCUUUUCACCAGGUUUUUCACCCCCAGCACCCGGGGUGAGCGCUGCGGGAGCAGGUGCUUUCUUGGGGGGCCGGUGCAGGCGCAAGCGGAGCUUCCGCGGGCGCGGAACGAGGCGGGAGGCGGCUCCGCGCCGGGAGUGCCCGCAGGGCCAGCCCGGGCGCUCCGGCUUUUUGACAUACAUGGGCAGAGGAGGGAAGCGAGCGAGGGGAGGUGGGGUCCGGCCGCCGCCUUCCCCCGGCUCCCGGCGAAGGAGGGUGCAGAUGGGGACACGGGGACAGGGUUCGGGGGAGGGAGAGGCUGCGCCGGUGCGAGCUUCCCGGGGGUGGGAAAUGGUCACCCCGGCCUAGGGAAGGGGGUGUGGAGGGCGGUGUGUGACCUCCGGACAGCUCUGCUCUGCUGCUGGCGAAUAGGGCUGGUUAUUGAUCCUAGAUCAUUAGGCCUAAUGAUGAUGCUAUAUGUAUCAAAGAAACUACAAAAUUCCACUAAAGUUAUAAAAGCAGCAAAACCCAGGACAAGGAAAUGCAGCAAGGGUGGUGAUUUUGGUGAUAUCACAAACUGGCCAACACCAAGUGAAAUAGCAAACAAUGAAUGUAAGACUGUAAGUCACAGUAAGAAGCCAACAAAUAGAAGAGAAAAGGAAGAGAAAUCUGAUCAAAAAAGCAAUAAUGGAAUCAAGGACAACCCAGAGGCAAAGCCUGAUGGUCCAGGAGAUAAUAUUAGUGAAGAUGAAACUCAAACUAAUAAUCAAAGGAAAAAAGGUAACAAGCAGAAAUGGGUGCCACUUCACCUGGAUGAUGUAAGGUCAGACAGUCAAGAAAGACCAGGCUCUCGAACUAGCUCAAGAUUUCUGCUGGAAACAAGCAAGUUGGUAUCUCAUAACAACAGAAGGAAUGAGACAAGAAAUUGGCGUCGUGAUAGAGAAAAGAGAGAUGACCACGAUGAAGUGUGCAGUGUGAGAAGUGAGGGUGGCAGCGUUCGAGGAUCCUCCAGAGGCAGAGGAAGAGGACGAGGCAGAGGAAGAGGAAGAGGCAAAGGAAACAAUAGAAUGAACUUUGAAUAUUCAAUUGGUUAUCAAGAACUGUAUGGUGAAGGAACUGACCAAGUUUUUCAACCUGAGCUUAAUGCUAGUGUGAUGUAUUACUAUGGCGAUGGAACAGGAGUGCAGAUGUACUCUGUGGAUGAAGCACUUCUCAAAGAAUAUAUAAAGCAUCAAAUUGAGUAUUAUUUUAGCACAGAAAAUUUGGAAAGAGACUUCUUUCUGAGGAGAAAGAUGGACCAGCAAGGAUUUCUGCCUGUUUCAUUGAUUGCUAGCUUCCGUCGUAUGCAAGCUCUCACUACAAAUGCUGCACUCAUUUUGGAGGCCCUAAAGGACAGUACAGAAGUUGAAACUGUGGAUCAGAGGAUAAGAAAAAGAGUUGAUCCAGAAAAGUGGCCAAUUCCAGGUCCUCCUCCAAGCAGUCUGCCACCAACUGACUUUUCUCAGCUCAUCAAUUGUCCAGAAUUCAUACCAGGCCAAAUUUUUGGCUCGCAUACUGAGUCAGCACCGAAUUCUCCAAGAAUGGGAAGUGCUCUGAAUCCAAAGGAGAACACUGAAACGAGUAAUUUUCAGACAAUAUCAAAAGGAUUGUCUACAAGUUUGCCUGAUUUGGACUCUGAACCUUGGAUAGAAGUGAAGAAGAGGCAUCAUACAUCCACAGUCAAACUAAAGGACAGCGUUCCUGUAUCUGAUCAAACAUCAGACCACCAACAGCCACCCCUGCCUUCAGAGGAACAAGAGCAAGAAGAACUUGAUUUCUUGUUUGAUGAAGAAAUGGAACAAAUUCAGAGGCAGAAGAAUAAAUUUACUGAUUGGUCAGACAGUGAUUCCGAUUAUGAAAUUGAUGAUCAGGACAUAAACAAGAUUUUGAUUGUAACACAGACACCACCAUAUCUGAGAAAACAUCCUGAUGGAGAUCAUACUGGCAAUCACAUAUGCCGUGCAAAAAUCACAUCAGAACUUGCUCAAGUUAUUAAUGAUGGCUUAUACUACUAUGAACAGGAUUUGUGGAUGGUGCAGAGUGAAAACGAAAAUGACACUUUGAUGAAGCAAGAGAUUGAGGAUUUUAAGAAACUAAGUCUCAUUAGUAAGGAAGAUUUUGAUAAUCUUGCACCAGAAGAAAUUGCUGAUCCAACCCAAGAAGUUUCUCCAGGACCUCCAGGGUUACGAAAAAAUUUAGCUUGUCAUUUGUUGAGUACUGAAGUACCUCCAACAGCAGCAAUAGCUCGAUCACUGCCAACAGCAGUUCCAGAUCCCCCCUGUGUUCACUUGGGCUUCACCCUGCGAACACCUCGCACCCCAAGGCUACAGGAUCCCAACAAAACACCCAGGUUCUACCCUGUUGUUAAAGAAGCACGAUCUGUUGAUGUAAAGACUCCAAGAAAAAGAAAAACACGGCACAGUACAAAUCCUCCCUUGGAAUGCCAUGUUGGUUGGGUGAUGGAUUCCAGAGACCACAGGUCAAGAACUUCCUCUGUGAGCAGUUCCAAUGCUUCGCCUUCAGAAGGAGCUCCACUGGCAGAAAGUUAUGGCUGUACCCCAAAUUCUCUUCCAAAGUUUCAGCAUCCUUCUCAUGAACUGUUAAAGGAAAAUGGCUUUACUCAACAGGUGUACCACAAAUAUCGUCGAAGGUGUCUAAUGGAGAGGAAACGGUUGGGAAUUGGCCAGUCCCAAGAAAUGAACACACUCUUUCGCUUCUGGUCCUUUUUUCUGAGAGAUCACUUUAACAAGAAAAUGUAUGAAGAAUUCAAACAAGUUGCUCUAGAUGAUGCAAAAGAACACUACAGGUAUGGAUUGGAAUGCUUGUUUAGAUUUUACAGCUAUGGCCUAGAAAAGAAAUUCAGGCAAGAGAUAUUCAAGGAUUUCCAAGAAGAAACAAAGAGAGACUACGAAGCUGGUCAGCUAUAUGGACUGGAAAAAUUUUGGGCUUAUCUAAAAUACUCUCAGCACAAGACUCCAGCCAUUGACCCCAAACUGCAAGAAUACCUUAGUAAAUUUAAGAGACUGGAGGACUUCAGAGUGGAUCCUCCCAUUAGUGAAGAGUCUGGCAGGAAGAGACCAGUUGCUGCAACAGGUGAGGAUUCAGCUCAUCACAAACAUCAGUCCAAUUCUUCUAAAACACUUCUUGUCACUAAACCCUCAGCUGCCUGUCAGUCCCAGGCAUUGGGAAAUGCUACCAGUGGGAAUACUGUGCAAGCAUCCAUAGGCCAUAACAAUGCUGCCAGGAAAUCUAUAGAAAGUGAUGUACCAGAAAAAUAG